AUGCGAUUCGUGCUCACGCUAGCCGCCCUUCACCUCUACUACGGGUCACUCAAAGCCGAUCCCUCGUGCUAUCAAGAAUGCAAAUCGGAUCGAGCUCCCCUGUGCGGUGUCUGGUUGGAGAAAGAGGAGAACGGGAUUGCUGCGGGCACUUAUCAGUUAAACACGGGUGUCGUCAAUUUGACUUGUGAGUUCAGCUCGAGGCCGGUGCCAGCCGCGAUCACCUGGCAACACCGGCCGUCCGAUGAGCUCGGCGGAAACUGGAACGAGUUCGCGUGCUCGAAUCUCGUCUCAAACAAAAAGUGCAGUCAAGAGGUCGAGCAUCGAGUGACAACUCAAUGCGAUUUGCGGACCACAUCGCUUUACAUGAGCGGCAAAUAUCGAUGUCAAGGACAAGUGCCCGAUAACACGAAAAAGGCGUACAGCUCCGAAAUCAUCGUCAACGUGGUCGGCAUUGAAAAAGUGCAAGUCAGCGACAAUUUGCUCGCCUACGGUCAGCCGGGUUUUGUCGAAGUUGAGGUUUGUGCCAACCCACGACCCGAAGUAGCAUUUAUUGUCAAUGGAGAUCUGAUAAAAACCGAGCAAUCAUUGGGCAAAGCGGCUGUUUCAGCGUUGAGGCCAUUGAAAGUUCGAUCGAAAGUUGACGGCCCAGCUCGUCCUGUAGCCUACUGUCACUCGGUUCGACUUUUCCUACCAGAAGAGAGACGAGAACACUGCCACUACAUCUACACGUUGAAGGACUUCCGAAAUCCGCGA